AUGACGCUAACGCAGCCGAUUGUGGCGAUGCUGCCGGCAUUGCGCACACUCGGCGGCUCAACCACUUUUCCACUCGUCAUCUCAGCUCGAGCAGCAUCGACCAGCCAGUUUGCGUCCACCAGUAAACGACACUACCACGUCUCCGUAAUCAGAAACAGCAAACAGAUCAAAGUGAGCGCAAAUGCCAGCGAUCACAAGGGAUCAAAAGCGGCCUUCACCCAGCGUCAGAUCCUCGACGAGCUCAGAGCAUCCACUUCUGCAUCAAACUCUUCCUCGUCGCUGUCGGAAGCUCAGCCUCGACCACGCUUCAAUGCCACCGCCGAAGCGGCGCUCGAUGCCGCAUCAGGAUCAAGAAGUGGCGGCAUUCCCCUCGGCAUGGCUGGACUGUCGGCUGGUGGAGGAGGGUUCAGCUCGCAGCCGACACUGAUCGACCGAGCUACGGGCCAAGGCAAGCCUUGGUCGCAGCUCAAGACAGGCCAGAAAGUAGCGCGUGCUACCGUACAGUCCUCCCGGACCAUGCUCAUCCUCGGCGGCGGCGCACUGACAUUCGUGCUGGUCUACGCCCUUACGAGCGAGCUCUUCGCCAAGAACAGUCCCACCGUCAUCUACGCAGACGCAUGCAAACGCGUGCAGAACAGCGCCGAGAUCGCAAACCAUCUCUUGACACCGUACCGCUUCCGCACCUCGCCCAACGCCGAGAAUGGUUCCAGUGACUUCUCCCCGCUCAACCCUCCAUCAGUCAAAGACAGGAGACGGUCCAGGUCGGUUCCUUCAGUGACGUUUACGGACGAGCGAACGGGCGAAGAAAAGAUGCUGCUUCGAUUCUGGAUCGGAGCGAGGGAGAAGGGAGAAGACUGGUCGAUCCUGGACACGGCGCGGUACGAGACCGUGGAAGCAGGCAAGUGGAUCGGUCGAAAGGUGAUGGAAGGCGGUGAGUGGCUGGGCGAGCAGCUCGGAGUGGAUCUAGGAGCCAACGACCAGGUCGACGGACACAAGCAAGCACCCCCAGUUUCGGCUAGCAGUUCGGGGAUCUCGCCGACACCAGCGGACGCGACAUCAGGCGCUGCAUCGGACAACGUUCUGAGUAGAACCUGGAGCUCCGCCCUCGGCGGCAUCACGAGCGUCGUACGAAGCUCAACAGAAGCCAUCACCUCGACGCUGUCGUCACCGACUGCGCCCAAGUCGCGACGCAGCUCCGAGCCAGGGACGUGGUCUUCCGGCGAGGUGCACGCCGAGUUAGUCAAGGACCAAGACGGUACGCUUCAGUAUCGUACGCUCUUUGUAGAUAUCCCCAACUCGCAGGCGUUUAUGCGUCAGCGUGUAUGGAUCGUGCGCAAGCACGGCGAGGUGCAACGGUGA